GGAAAAUAUAGUUACAAGCCCUCAAACUACUGGUGUUAGGUCCAGCUGUCGGCUUUUAGAUACAAUAUUGUCAGCUGCACCCCCUGGUCUACCAGGCCCACGAUUCACCAUCCAAAAGUUAGUGUCUCACAUUAUGCAGGUGUUUUUACGACAAUUAUCAUCGUGGCUUAUAUAUGGUGUUGUUCAUGAUCCUUACUAUGAAUUUUUUAUCAAGUUAGAAAAUUUAACUACAGCCUCCACUCACCCGAAUCCAUCCAUUUUACAAGGUUCUCAUGGUUAUUUUGAUGAUCUUUCAUCAAAAAAUGAUUGUAUGACGACAAAACCAAAAUUUUCCAUAGAUAAUGAAAACUUACCAUCAUUUCUACCAACUUCAUUUGCUCAAAGAGUUCUUGAAACUGGUGAAGCUGUGUAUUCUGCCACCCAUGAUCUAUCAGAAGCUUCUUUCUUACUGGAAUUAGAGAAAAAUUAUUGUCCUCGUUUUGUGGAACUGUUAACUUGUUUGGAGAAAAAUUCAGACGGACUUCAGUGGAUUGGAAAAACCUUCAGUAACCUGAUAGACUUUAAUAAAAUCAGUAGUUUAGUAUGUGAUAUACAGAGUAUUGUCUCAUAUCAUUCUUGGUGCAGUUUAUUGAAAGAACACAAAUUAAUUCAAUACAUUUGCUUAGUUAAAGAUGUCCUACUUUUAGGAAGAGGCGAAUUAUUCUUGGCAUUCCUUGAUCAUUUAAAUAUUUCAAAUAAUCUCAGCAACAGUAAUAAUUCACGUUGUGGAACCACUUGUAAAAUUCAGCAUAGCAUUUUAGACAAACCUCCCCCAACAAAUGAAAGUGCAGUUCAGGCUAUUGAAUACGAUGUUACUGAGGCGUUUCUGGCAGCAGCUCGUUCUUUAGGUAUGGAUGAUGAAGAACUAGAUUCCAAUUUUAAAUUCUCAAUAAAGUUGGCAGCGGCUCAAUCAAAUAAAUUGUCAGAAAAUAUUACUGUUUUGGAUCGUUUACAUUUAUGCAUUAUUGCUCCACCGGUGUUCGAACGUUUAUUCUCUCCUAAUAUUUGUCGUGCUUACGACAGGUUAUUUAGAUUUCUAUUCGCUAUCCGUCGAACACAAUUGAAAUUACAAGAGUUUUGGGCUGAUCAAAUUCUUUUUUGGCGUCGUACCUGUGCUCGUAAUCAGCUCAAUGUAAAUUAUAAUAAAGCACCAACCAAUGUUUUUAUUCAAUUGCAGUCUUGUAUAGAUCAACGCCUCCUAGUUCGUAGUCAUAUGGCAUUUAUUAUUGACAGUUUACAGUAUUAUUUACAGGUUGAUGUAAUUGAAGCACAAUUUUCACACUUAAUUCAUCGUUUACAUAUUGAUCAAGAAAUUCGAUUAAUUCAAAUCGCACAAGAAGCUUACCUGGCUGGUUUACAAGCGCAAGCAUUAUUGUUCAUGCCAGAUAUAAAAUUAUGUAUAUUGCAGUUGUUAAAUUAUUGCUGUCAAUUUGUGGAUUUAUCAAAUCAACAAUACCGCUAUGAUCAUUUAAUGAAUAUGGAUGAUGACCACAACCAUCAAUUGUCUGAUAAAGUGCAAGAGGUGGUGAAUAAAUUCUAUACUCAAGCAAAAUUAUUGUAUGAUUUAUUGAAUAUUUCUUGUUCAACCGGUGUUAAAAGUAGUGUUGGUUUCAAUUCUGGCUAUACUGUUGUUAAUCAUCAUCGAGACUUCGAAUCGCUAUCGUUACCUGGUAUUACUACAACCAAUGGUCCUCACUAUUCGGGCACAACAGAUUUAAAUAAGUUAUUGUCACGAUGGUCGAAUGUGACAAGCUCCAGCUUGCUCAUAAGCAAAAGGAUUGGGAAAUGAAAAGCACGGAAUAAUGACAAUUGAAGACAGCUACAAGGUUUAUAUCGUUUUGCGAGGAACUUUUUAUAUCAAACACUCCUAAAAUCGCUUGACUUAUAAAGUUGAAUGCUACCUUCGGAACGUUUAUUUACUUCGAGACUUGUUUCCGUGAUUUGAUUCUUCAUUACCACUAUUACUACUACUAUUACUAUCACUAUCACGACGGAUUUUUUUCUCAAUGAUAUUGUUUUGAUUGAAAGAUCUACUACUGGAUUGCGAAUCACUUCUGGUACUAGUAAUAGUAGUAUCGUUGUUACAGAGUUUUGAGAUGGAUUCGUCAUUUGAAAUUUCUGAUUCCUUCUCGACGGUUGUAUGAUCAUCACUAUCUAAUGGAUAUGAAAGAAAAUGAAAUGAAUUUAAAUUAUAGUUUAAGAUUAUUUCCUAGAUACAAAUAACUUCUUUGAGAAGUGUAAUCAUGUUGGAAGGGUCCACAAAAUAUCGCUCCGUCGAAGUCCCUAGAGGCAGAGAAAAGCUAGGAGACCUUUCAUCCAAUCAGCGUUGGGUACAAUCUUCCCAGAAACAUCCAGAAAAUGCAGGAUCACGUGUCACGGUCUUGAUCGGAUAUUUACCUGUACUGCUAAUAUCUUGUUAUGAUUCAAGGAGUCCGAAGACAGGUGUGAUACUAUAAAUACCCUCGUUUUUCUGCACACAAACUAACAUUGAUGUAAAGCUCUUAUUCACAUUUUGCACCUUCUCUGUAGCAUUUCAGUUGACGCAUAAAAAUAGUCGGGAAUAUCAGAACUGGCUAGGAAGACAGUUUAGGCAGGUCACUAGCAAGAAUUAUCAAUCUAAAACUUCUAGGUUCUGUAUUAAUACCACAUGGGAUACUGAACAGACUUAACCACAACUACCAACAUAUUAUUUCACACCACCAAAUUUGAUGACACUGUGAACUAUCUAGUAAUGUGAGAACAUGAUUCGAAUUGGAUACGCUGUUGACAUUUUUUAACUAUUUUACUGCUGUUUAUUAUUGCUAUGCUUGGCUUUUGUUGACCGUCAUCAUUGUUCACAGUGAUUACCUACAUACUUCAUAAAUUUACAUUUAAUUUUUGUCUGCCUAAUAAAGGUAUUCGAAUUCUGUCACGAUGACUUCCUCAGAAUUCAUUCGUUAUUGCAAUUAAACCUUUAGAUAUUUGUAAAACAAAUGUUGGGGUUUCUAGCCUACUCUCCUCAAAUCUGAAAUUUUCCUCAGUUCGUUUCGCCUUUUUAAAAAUAAACUUGUAUGAUGUAAUAAGAAUUCAAAACCAAAGCAAUAUAAUCACCAUAAUUUGACUAGUUUGCUACGAUAGAAACACCCAACCACUACGUCAAACUACAGUAGAAUACAUUGUCGGAAAUGGAUAGUGACACAUAACACACUUAUCGAACAUUGAAGAUGUUGCAGAUAACCUUACACAGAAAUAUGUAUAUCUUUCAAAAGAUUUGUUCCCACUUCUUUUGAUAACAUUAGUUUAGCAUUCCUUAUUUCUAGUGAAAAAGGUUUUGUUUUAUCAUCGACUUAGUAUCGAACUGAUGUCGAAAAAAGACAAACAAUAGAUUUAAGAAGAAUGAACGUUAGGAAAAUUAGUGUACUGAAGCAGCUUUUUAAAAAAUAUCAUUUAAUGGAAAAACCAAUGUCAUAACAUUUCAACUGGUUGUUCCUAAUGUGAAAAUAGAUUUUGUGAUUGAGGUCAUUAACGUGAAAUUUAAUCUGAUUUCCGUUUGGUUAGCUACAGUGGUCUGUUCAGUGAUUUACGAUAAAAAUCACGCUAUUUCCAAUUGUUAAUUAUGACAAUUUUAAAAUCACUAUCGUUAAUAGUAAGAUUUCAGUGAUUAAUCAUUUUAAAAAAGUGCAAACGAUUGAUAAAAAGUGCACCAAAAUGAAAAUGUGCUGGUCACGAUUAAUCAGCAAUGAAUGAAAAUAUUUUUUGAUUAUUUGAAUUUUAAAGUGUAAAAUACUUCCAGUAAAUAAGGAACGAUUUCAAGAUCAUAUACUACUUAUUUCGAGUGCAUGGUAUUUAAAACACCUAGGUUUAAUCGUUGUGAGUGCUGUUAGGCAUAAUGACGGCGGUGGUCACCCUAUGGUCGCCCACACCGUGGAAGAGUACUUAAUUUUGAGGUACCAGAAAAUGAAACUGAGUUAAAGGAGGUCUUGACCUAAUGUGACUGCAGUGUCUGAGGCCAGUCACGCACGGAAUUUAUGUGAGUGCUUGCUGAAAAAUUUAAGGCCUUGAUGCCUUCGGCGGAUAUCCGCGGGACAAGGUGAGAUGUUCUAUUCUUAAAGCACACCUUUUCUAAACUGGUUUUUUCAUUGUAGCAAGCAAAGUUCUGCGGACGCUUUUUGUCUGAGCUAAGCAUUUUAUCGGUCAUACCUCAGUAGCCAACAGUAUUGUUUGGUAUUUUCAUCAUGACUUCGAUGCUGUUAGUCUGACCACACUCCAAUCGAGUUGCCCGGUAUGGUAGGAAUUACGGAAACGAGUGUCAGCCUAUAUAGCCCUAUCGAGUCACCAUAAUAUCCAAGACCGACCAAGUCAUAUGAGAGUUUCAAAUAUAUUCAACUUUGAACAACAAGCAAUGAAUAAUUAAGAUGAUAAACAUAAUAAUAACAAUAUAUAUAUGCAUUAGUAUGUUAGAUAGAAUUAAUGUGUUCAGUAUUACAAGACAAUUAGCUGGUCAGGUGAUAAUAACUUGUAAAAACAUAAUAAGUAAGAAAACCAUAUGAUUACGGUGUGUUUAACUUCUUAUUCUUGAGCAUAAUAUUAACAAAUCUGAAGAACACUGGAGUCGAUACUUGAUUAUAAUUACAAAAAUUUCAAUACACUAUUUUGAAUUAUUUUUAACACUUAGUAGAUGUCAGUUACAGAAAAUAAAAUAAAAUUUAUGAACACUGAAAAAAUGAUUAUAGGGUAAUUAAUGCAUUAUUUGUAGUUUAAAAUUAAGGAUUGACCUUCGUUAGACAACACAUAUAAAACCAGAAAGCACUAUAGAGCAAUUUCGUCAUAUACACUACUUUCGUGAGGCGAUUUCCGGAAUUCUGG